AUGCGAGGCUUGGGGCCAGCCCUGACGGCGCGGCGCCUCUUCCCGCUGCGGCUCCCACCGCGGCCGCCGCGGCCGCUCGGACCCCGGCUGUCGAGCGGGUCGGCGGCGGAGGCGGGCGCCCUGGAGCGGGCCAUGGACGAGCUGCUGCGGCGCGCCGUGCCCGCCACGCCGGCCUACGAGCUGCGCGAGAAGACGCCGGCGCCGGCCGAGGGCCAGUGCGCGGACUUCGUGAGCUUCUACGGCGGCCUGGCCGAGGCGGCCGAGCGCGCCGAGCUGCUGAGCCGCCUGGCGCGCGGCUUCGGCGUGGACCACGGCCAGGUGGCCGAGCAGAGCGCCGGCGUGCUCCAGCUGCGCGAGCAGCCGCGGGAGGCGGCCGUGCUGCUGCAGGCCGAGGACCGGCUGCGCUACGCGCUGGUGCCGCGCUACCGCGGCCUGUUCCACCACAUCAGCAAGCUGGACGGCGGCGUGCGCUUCCUGGUGCGGCUGCGCGCCGACCUGCUCGAGGCGCAGGCCCUCAAGCUGGUGGAGGGGCCGCACGUCCGGGAGAUGAACGGCGUGCUGAAGGGUAUGCUGUCGGAGUGGUUCUCCUCCGGCUUCCUGAACCUAGAACGGGUCACCUGGCACUCGCCCUGUGAGGUGCUGCAGAAAAUCAGCGAGUCCGAGGCCGUGCAUCCUGUGAAAAACUGGAUGGACAUGAAGCGACGCGUCGGCCCGUAUAGGCGAUGUUACUUCUUUUCUCACUGCGCGACCCCGGAGGAGCCCCUGGUCGUGCUCCACGUGGCCUUGACCGGCGAGAUCUCCAGCAACAUCCAGGCCAUAGUGAAGGAGUGCCCCCCGUCGGAGACGGAGGAGAGGAGUGAGAUCUCCGCGGCCAUCUUCUACUCCAUCAGCCUGACGCAGCCCGGCCUGCAGGGGGUCGAGCUGGGCACGGUCCUCGUCAAGCGAGUCCUCAAGGAGCUGCAGAAAGAGUUUCCUCACCUUGGGACAUUUUCAAGUCUGUCUCCUAUACCUGGAUUCACCAAGUGGCUUCUGGGACUCCUGAACUCACAGGCGAAGGAACACGGGAGGAAUGAACUCUUUACGGAUUCGGAGUGUCAAGAAAUCUCUGAGAUCACAGGUGGUCCCAUUAACGAGACCCUCAAGGCCUUUCUCAGCAGCAGUGAGUGGGUCAAGUCGGAGAAGCUGGUCCAGGCGCUCCAGGCCCCCUUGAUGCGGCUCUGCGCCUGGUACUUGUAUGGAGAGAAGCACCGGGGCUUCGCCCUGAACCCCGUGGCAAACUUCCACCUGCAGAAUGGGGCCGUGAUGUGGCGCAUCAACUGGAUGGCCGAUGAGAGCCUCAAGGGCAUCGCCAGCUCCUGCGGCCUGAUGGCCAACUACCGGUACUACCCGGGGGAGACGGCCGCCAACAGCACCAGCUACCUCUGCUCCAAGAACAUCAAAGCUUCCGAGCAGGUCCUCAGCCUCGUGGCCCAGUUUCAGAAGAACAGCAAACUAUAAGCCUGUCCCGAAGCAGACGUCCCUGCCCCUGAGGAGGAUGAUUUUUGGGAUAGGUUAGGGAGGCUUAUGCGUCAAAAGGAGCUUUUUUUUUUUUAAGUCGAACAGGGUUAGAGCGUGUUUUCUCUGACCCACAGCAAGGUCGGAAGAGGAGGCUGUGGCCUGACUUCCACUGUGGGAGCGCAGGGGCUGUGCCUGACGCCAGAGGGUGGGGGGCUGGACGGGGACGGGGUCGGGAUGCUGUUCCCGCACCUUCCAACCCCCCCGCCCCAUCCAGGGGAGCGGUCAGGGUCCCUGCCGGAGGCAGUGCUAUGGUGCCUCCAUCUUCAGAAAGCUCUAGAACCUCUGCUGGGUGUCGUCCCUGGGUGGACCAGCCAGCCUCACCAGGCCCUGGGCAGGUGGCCCAGGUGAGAGCACUUUACUCCAAGCUUAGAACGUAGUCAGCCGAGGUUGUCUUAGCCGUUUCUCUCCACUCACCACAGGGACAGAGGGCUCUGUGUACUACAUGGCACCCGUGUUUUGGAGCCCCCGGGCGUAGGGAAAUGUUCAUGACCGCCCAGAGUUGACUAAAUUAAAUCUUUGAGCAUCACA